UUGAAGAUUUGUACAAAGCGCCUGACCAGGAGAUGGAUAUCUGAAUGCUUUGUCACUGAGAAGCAAGGUCUGACAGCAGAGGAGGUCGCAGAAACAUACUUCAAUCAACUCAUAAGUAGGAAGAUAAUACGCCCUGUUGAUCACAGCAGCAAUGGCAAGGUAAAAUCCUUCAAAGUUCACGAUAUGAUUCUUGAAUAUAUCAUGUCCAAAGCAAGCCAGGAAAAUUUUAUCACUGUCGUCGGCGGGCACUGGUUGAUGCCAACUCCUAGCAACAAAGUCCGUCGACUCUCCAUGCAGAGUAGUGGUUCUAAACAAGGGAAUCCAACAAAAGGCAUGGAUUUGUCUCAAGUACGGUCACUAACCGUAUUUGGAAGCCAAGACCGACCACUGCCUUUUCAUUCAUUCAAUAAUGGAAUAAUUCAAGUGUUGGAUCUGGAGGGUUGGAAGGGAUUGACAAAUAAACAUAUGGAGGACAUAUGUAAAAUGCUUGUACUGAAGUAUUUGAGCCUCCGUCGAACAGAGAUUUCCACAAUUCCAUCAGAGAUAGAGAAGAUCCAGGAUCUGGAAACAUUUGAUGUAAGGGAGACAAAUGUCGGAGAUCUACCCAAAACUUUUGGCAAUCUCAAACGUCUCCGCAGUUUGCUUGGAGGAAGUAAAAAAUCACGGAAGGCUUUGAAGAUGCCUCAAGAGAAAAAUAAGGUGCCAAUGAAAGCACUUCGUGUACUGUCAGGGAUCGAGAUCAGUGAAGGCUCAACCACUGCUGCAAGUCUUGAUCAGCUAACUAGGCUAAGGAAACUUGCCAUUUACAAGCUCAAUAUUAUUGAGGGUCAAAAAACCUUCAUAGAUUUAUGCUCCUCCAUUCAGUACCUCUGCAGCUGCGGUCUACAGACACUUGCAAUCAAUGAUGUGAGCUCUAAUUUUAUCAACUCACUAGACUCCAUGUCCGCUCCUCCAAGAUACCUCAUUGGUCUGGAGCUGUCUGGCAUGUUGGAAAGGCCUCCAAAGUGGAUCGUGGAGCUCAAGAACCUCUACAAGCUGACCCUUUCUGUGACAGUUCUAAAGACUGAUACUUUCAAGCUCAUCCAGGACCUGCCCAAAUUGUUUUCUCUCACCUUUACACUCAAUGCAGCAAAGGAUGAUCGGGACAUCGUGGACAUCCUUGAGGAAAAUAAACAGCUUGAUAGGGAGAUAAUUGUUCCUCCUGGAGGAUUCAAGAGUCUAAAGCUGCUUCGCUUCUUUGCAACUUUGGUGCCAAGGCUGAGCUUUGCAGUUACAGGAGAGGUAAUGCCAACACUCGAGAGGAUUGAUAUGCAGUUUCAGGCCUUUGAAGGGAUUUAUGGCAUCGAGACUCUUAGUAGUCUCCGAGAAGUGCAUCUCAGCGUUGAUAAUCAAGCCGAUGAGAUAACCAAGUUCUUGGUAGAAGAUUUGAAGGAUACCCCCAAGUAUUUAGAUAAAGAGUACGUGAGCAAGUGGCCAAAAAUAAUCACUGUUUGAAGAGAUUGGAUGAGAUGUUGUCGUCUCUUGACUCACCUACAAUCAUUUGGCACUGUAUUUCUAGAAAGAUUAUUUUCUAAAAUCCAAAAUUCCGUUUUGCGAGCAAAAUAAACAGACUGCAUCUUUGCAUCUUUACUUACGGCUACUUUACA